AUGCUGAGAUUGCCAGCUAAGCAGUUCUGGAAAACAGUUGCCCGGUCGCCCUCACUUGUGGCCUUCCUCGACUCCUACCUCCGCUUCCGCUCCCGAUGGUUUGACCACCUUCUCUCCGCCGCCGCCGAUGGUGGAAAAUCAAGAACAUCAGGACAUUUGAGGAACCAUGCAAGUGUAUUUCCAUCCGUACGCUUAUGCAACCCUCUUCCCUCUCACCGCACCACUGUCUUCCUGCAAAGGUUCCUCCUCUCGUUAGCGCUCCUAUGUUCCCGCUCUCCAUUAAUCUUGUUUCUUCUCCUGUGUGCUACUAUCAGGUCGUCUAAUAUCGAGUCCAGAGCCAAACCAUCAGAGCAGCUUCAAGCCAAGGACCAUGCACGUACUGUUGGCACUGCUGUCUUUGGGAGAGCAACUGUUGCUCUCACCCACUCUCUUCCCUUCCGUCCCCUUCUCCACCCCCCCCCCCCUCGGCCCGCGUCCCUCCUCUCUUUCCUGCAAGCAGACCUGCUUCUCUCCAUGCGUCUCUUUGAUGCGCCCAAGCUCAUGGACGUGGCUGCUGUCUUUGGGAAGGCCAACUCUUUUUCUCUUCCUCCCCCCCUCUUUCCACCACUCCUCUUCUCAGACCUGCUUCUCUCCAUGCGUCUCUUUGAUGCGCCCAAGCUCAUGGACGUGGCUGCUGUCUUUGGGAAGGCCAACUCUUUUUCUCUUCCUCCCCCCCUCUUUCCACCACUCCUCUUCUCAGACCUGCUUCUCUCCAUGCGUCUCUUUGAUGCGCCCAAGCUCAUGGACGUGGCUUCUGUCUUUGGGAAGGCCAACUCUUUUUCUCUUCCUCCCCCCCUCUUUCCACCACUCCUCUUCUCAGACCUGCUUCUCUCCAUGCGCCUCUUUGAUGCGCCCAAGCUCAUGGACGUGGCUGCUGUCUUUGGGAAGGCCAACUCUUUUUCUCUUCCUCCCCCCCUCUUUCCACCACUCCUCUUCUCAGACCUGCUUCUCUCCAUGCUCCUCUUUGAUGUGCCCAAGCUCAUGGACGUGGCUGCUGUCUUUGGGAAGGCCAACCCAGUCGCAACGCGGCAGCUGGUGUGCCGGGUGCUGGUUUCUCAGCCUCUCUUCCGGGCAGAUCUCUCGUCGUCACUUCUGCAGCUGCUACGGGUGGUUGAAGAGAUGGUGACGAGGGCGUGUGGUCAGAUGGAAGAGCACAGCAAGGCAACUUCAGACGCAGCAGAAUCAAAGCCUUCUCCUUCCACUGAGAUCCUCGAGGCCCUUCACUACCUCUGUGAUUUCGCCUUCUCUCUCGACGCGCUCUUUGACGCCUACCCGCCCGCACCGCUGCUCCUCCUGCAAGCAACCACAGCAACGACACCCACAAGGAAAGCGAAACAAGGCGCAGCAGCAGCAGCAGCAGCAGCAGCAAGUUCUCCUGUACGGCUUCUCUCUGUCUUGGCUCGGAUUCACGACUCAUUUCUCCCUCUGUUAUCAGCAGAGCGAACACUGAUGCAAGCAGCAGCAACGGUGAAUGUUCAGGGGAAGGUUCUUCAGACAAAGCUGGAGGAAGUUGCUUGGAAGGGAAAACAUUCCGGGUGCCCGUUGUGGGACGGGAUGCUUGGGCAGAAAACGAAUCUCGGGCAGUUGCUGUUGGAAGAGAUUCUUGCCGUGCAUGGAGUGAGCUCAGGCAGCUCGGGCAGCAAAGAUGUGGAUGGUGCGGCGUGGAUCCCGCUGCUUCGGGCAGUUGAUGCUUCUUUUGGUCUUCGGUCAGCAAUUUAUGAGGAGAAAAUGAAAGGUGGGUAA